CGCGUCCUCUCUGGCCGCGGGAGGAUUUACUCUCUGUGGCGGCCGCUCUUUCCCCCAAUGGGAGGAGGCGGCGGACGGCAUGGCCCGGCAUGCAGCGCGGCCCGCGCCUCACUUCCCGGCCCGGCCGCUAAGAUGGCGACUCCCAUGCACCGCCUCAUCGCUCGGAGACAGGCGGAGGCAAACAAGCAGCAUGUAAGAUGUCAAAAAUGUUUAGAGUUUGGACAUUGGACAUAUGAAUGUACAGGGAAGAGAAAAUACCUGCACAGACCUUCGAGGACAGCUCAAUUAGCGAAAAUUCUUAAAGAAAAAGAAAAGCAACUAUUACUGCAACAAAGCGCUGGAGAAAGCACUGCGGAAAGGAAGACCAAGAAAAAAAGAUCUAAAAGUGUGACCAGUUCCAGCAGCAGUAGCAGUGCCAGUUCAGCUAGUGAUUCCUCAUCUGACAGCGAAGAUUCUUCUACCUCUUCUUCUGAUGAUGAUAGUGACAGUGAUGAGAGUUCCUCUACUUCCUCAUCUUCUCCAUCCUCGAGUAGUACUUCCUCUUCUUCAGAGUUUGAAUCGGAUUCUAGUUCCUCCAGCAGUAGCAGCAGCAGCACAGACAGUAGUUCUGAUGAUGAGCCGCCAAAGAAAAAGAAGAAGAAAUAGUGUGGUACAGUCUAGAACUGUUUAGUGAAUGAUAACGUUCUUCAGAGAUGUUUUGAGCCCGUGGUUGCCAAGCAGUUUAACUGGUCAACAUUUCUACUGCUAAAACUUUCUAAAUGUUUUGCAUAGUUGUUCAUGAGACAUGAAAGGUAUUAAAUGGCACGUGAGACUUACUGAAAGAGUAUUUUUGUGGUUUAUCCUUUUAUGGAAAAUUUUACUUUUUUAGUUCAGAAAUCUAUCAUCAGAUUUGUUUAUAUGAGCUAAGGUCCGGUAACCUGGAUGUUUACAUGCUGGAAAGCAAAAGCUUUUUAUUGCAGAUCAUGCUGUGCAUCAUAUGCUACUACUCUGUUUAUGACAGCUUCACUUACAUUUAGAAAAUCCUCUAAACUAUUAGAAGCAAAAGUUUUACACUGCUGGCUGUAGAGCACUGUCAUUGUUGAAACUGAAUGCACAAUGUUGCACACAGAGGGCCUUCCAUCUCACUGUUAACAAAUGUAUUAUAUGCUGCUGAGCUUUUUUUCUGAUGGCUUUUCCUGAUGCUUCCAGGUUGAGUCUUCACUGCAACAUAAAACUUUAAAUAGUGUUCAUUUGUCAACGAUCAAUAUACUACUUGUGCUGUACAGAGGCUUUAGUCUUUUCAACUCGCCUGUUUCCUUAGCUCAUGUAUUUGUAGCAUUUUCUGAGACACAGAGUGUCUCUUGCAGCAGUGUCUGUGUAAGAAAGAGGAGCAGUGCACAGGGGAAGAAUUAUGACUGAUGCUGCUUAGGAGUUUCAUCUUUGUGCCUUUUUUUGUAAAUUAAAUGUAUCCUAGUGAGAGAAGGGCUCGAGUGGGUGUUUUUCAGAACUCCAUUAGCUUUCCAUACAGAACAUGGUCAGUAAAACCAGAGAAAUAGUAGUAACAAACAAAAAUGGGCGCUAUUUUCAAGGACAUGGGAAAAAGGCUAUUUUCACUGGAUGCUCAGUAAGAAAAGGAGUCGCCUUUAAAUAGAGGUCCUAAAGGAGAGUGUUUCCCUUUUGAUAUUUUUGCAAAAAAUUGUUGUGUAAUGCAAGAUUACCAAUCCAUGUUGUUGGGCACAUGAUGACUGGCACUAUAGUCUGCAGUAUAAUCAGUCCAUUAUUUUUAUGUAAUAGUGUGUACAUGUCUGUGAAAAUCUGGCAUGGGAGAAGCAGCAAGUUAGUGCAAAAAAACCCCCCCAAAAACAACAAAAGCAAAAUCCAAAUGUACUGCAGAACAAGUAUUGCUGGUUGCAAAUUGAACGUUAUUUGUGCUUUUGGUGGAUUGAAGCAGUUGGCAUUAGUAUUUUAAUUUUUGAUGCGGUCUCCUGAAUUUCAUAUCGUUGGAGUGCCCUUUUUGGGGGAGGGGGCAGCACAUGUGGAAGAAUUCUUAAAUAUCUUGGUUUAGGUAAAAUAUAGUAACUAAACUAUUUUUUAUAUUUUUAUGGAAAAAGUAGUGUGUAGAAUUACUUUUGAAUAAACUGUGCUUAUUUAAAUGUUUGAAAAUGUAUGUUGUAUGUUUUAGUCUGUAAGCAUUACUGUGUUUUACAGAACACUCUGCAGACUGUAAAUAAAAUUACCAGAAAAUUGUUUAA